CUUGACAGUGUAUUUUGUGCUUGUCAGUUUGAAAAAAUUGUGGUUAGAUGAGUCACAUUCCAAAAUAAACAUUAAUUUUUCUGUAUCUUUGAAAAUGUUUAAUUUUUGGUCAAAGCCUGAUCCAAAAGAGGAACAAAGGGAAAUUGACCGUUCAUUAAGAAAAGCUGGUAGAGACAUAGAAAGAGAUCGAAGGCAGUUAGAAAGAGAUGAGAAGAAAUUGGAAUUAGAAAUUAAAAAGUUAGCCAAAGAAGGUGACACCGAAGGAUGCAAGUUAUUGGCAAAACAACUAGUCCAGCUUAGAAAACAAAAGCAAAGAAGUUAUGCUGCAAGCAGCAAAGUGACUGGAAUUGGCUACCAGAACAAAUCCAUGGGAGCAAAUAUGAAAUUAGCUGAAGCCAUGGGAACUGCUGGAAAAACCAUGGCAGACAUGAACAGAAUCAUGAAGCCAGAACAGAUAGCUGCAACUGUUAAUGCAUUUUCUAGAGAGAACAUGAAAAUGGAGAUGACAGAUGAAAUGAUUAAUGAUACAUUGGAUGAUAUGCUUACUGAGUCUGGGGAUGAAGAAGAGAGUGAUAACAUUAUCACUCAGGUGUUGGAUGAGAUUGGCAUUGAAAUAAGUGGAAAGAUGUCUGGUGCACCAAUGCCCGAGUCUGGUAAAGUUGGAGAACAUUCAAAAUCUAAAGGCCUUACAGAUGAUGAGAUUGAAGCACAAUUAUCCAAACUUCGGGGUUGAACUAUCUCUUAUUUGUAAUUUUUUCAUCCUGCUAAGAUUUGUUAAGUUUAAAAUGUGUGGCAAUAGUUAAGGGGGCAUUAGUCAAUUUUUUCAACUUAUAUAAAAUCAACUUGAGGCUUUCUUUACAAGGAGACUAUAAUAUAUUCCACGAGUAUCCAUUACAGUAGAAUGCCAGCUGAUUAACUAGUAAUAUUUCAAAAUUUCCCAUAUCAGCGAAUGCGAUGAUUCAUUACUAGUAGAGGUUGAACUACUAGAAUGGUACCUUCCCUUUUUGAUACCGUCUUUUUUAUACAAAUGACCACUUAAUUAUUAAAUCUAACACUAAAUAGGAUACUAUAUACACCAGAACACAAAACAAAAAUAAUAGCUCUUUUUCAAAAUCACAAACAGUCUAAUUUAUCGCGAAUAUUCUUGGUUACAACACCUGAGCUGUAAACUUUCGCAAACAGGGGCUCGAACUAAAACUCACGCACAUCUUAUAAGAGUAUAUUCUAGACUGCCGUAACAGGGUAUUUCGCUACCUAACCGUUUUAAAAAUAAAUAAAACGGCGCUGAUUUCUUAUCGUCGGGCGUCCCAAUGGUCUGUUUCCAUCGGCGACAGGUUAACGCGUUAUACAUACUAAUGACGGAUCUGUCAAUGCCAGGUAGACAGAGCCAUAUUUUGUUUUGGUUUUUUGUAUGCUACAGAUUUAUUUUGCACUUGCUAAAAGCUCUUUUAUUUUGCAUAGAAAAAACAAAAUACUACGUACACAUAUUGCUAGGUUUACACCCGAUUCAUUAUUGCUAACUAACACAAAAAUGUCACUUGCUGAUCAGCUGUUCACCUCAGUAGACGUCAGAGUGCAAUAGGGUAUAGACAAAUUUGAUCGUAGUCUCAAUUUUUAUGGUGAUUCUAAUUUUAAAAAAAUGACGCCAUUUUAACUAUUUGCCAAAUAAAUAUAUUGUAUAUACUGAUAUUUUGCUAAGAUUUAUGAGAACCAUUAUGGUAUUAUGGUAAUUUUUAAUAAAUAAAUAAUUUGAAUCAGA